CCGCACCCAAUGACACUUCAACGAAAGGUCAUAGAUAAAUUAAUUUUGAUACGAGUUAAGGCUUCUGUAUGACAGUGAACGUUAUCAAGUACGUGUCUUUCGUCUAAAUUCCAAUGUCAGAAAAGUCAGACUUCUCGAAACGACAUAAUCAUGGCUCAAAAUAAAAAAGUCAACUUGAGCUCGAUGGUGAAUCAUAAGUUUACUGAAGAAGUGCUGAAAGAUAUUCUAUGCAAGGCCUACGAUGGGAAGAAAGUGCAACUGACAGAUUGGAAGUUUGGUGAUGAAUUUACCAAAGGUGACAGCUACUUGUCAACUGUCUACAAAGGUGUAUUAUAUGGUAUUACGGAUGACGAGGCAAGACAAGAAGUUCAAGUUAAUUUUGUUGUAAAGUCCAUUCCACAGAAUGUUGGUCGCAAGAAGACUUUUAGAAGUUCAGAUUUUUUCUCUAAUGAGAUUAUUUUUUAUACACAGGUGGUCCCUAAGUUUGAGAAGUUCUUGAAAGAAAAAGGACAGAGCAAGCUGUUACGUAUACCACGUUAUCUAGUCUCCUACAUGGAUGGUGAGAAUGAUUUUAUAGUGCUAGAAGAUCUCUCUCCCUUAGGAUUUGGACCUGCAUCGAGACAGAGCUGUAUAAAUUGGGCAGAAUGCUUGGUAAUAUUGGAGGCAUUGUCAAAAUUUCAUGCUAUCUCAUUUGCAUAUAAGGAUCAAAACAAGGAGGAAUUUACUGAAAUGACUAAAUGUUUGAAAGAGACUUAUUUUGGCAAACAUAAUUGGGACUGGUAUCGAAGAUUCCAUGUAUGUAAGUAA